AUGUCCGCGAAGGAGCGGCAAAAGGGCAAAGUGACCAAGGACAGCGUCACCCUCCUGCCCUGCUUCUACUUCGUGGAGUUGCCCAUAUUGGCAUCUUCUGUUGUUAGCCUCUAUUUUCUUGAACUUACUGAUGUCUUCAAGCCAGUUCACUCUGGAUUUAAUUGCUAUGACAAGAGUCUGAGUAUGCCAUACAUUGAACCUACACAAGAGUCUGUUCCCUUCUUGAUGUUGCUUAGUCUGGUUUUUGCUGGACCAUCAAUUACGAUAAUGAUAGGAGAAGGAAUUCUCUACUGUUGCCUGUCCAAAAGAAGAAACGGGAUUGGAACAGAGGCCAAUAUUAAUGCAGGAGGAUGCAACUUCAAUUCUUUUCUUAGAAGAGCUGUCAGAUUUGUUGGUGUUCAUGUGUUUGGUCUUUGUUCUACUGCUCUUGUUACUGAUAUUAUACAGCUAUCAACAGGAUAUCAGGCACCAUAUUUCCUGACUGUUUGCAAGCCUAACUAUACAUCCUUAAAUGUAUCCUGCUCAGAGAAUUCUUAUGUUGUGGAAGAUAUUUGCUCAGGAGCUGAUCUCAAUAUUAUCAAUGCUGGAAGAAAGUCAUUCCCUUCUCAACAUGCCACCCUGGCAGCCUUUGCAGCAGUGUACAUUUCGAUGUACUUCAAUUCUACGUUAACAGACUCCUCAAAACUUCUGAAACCACUCUUGGUCUUUGCUUUUAUCAUCUGUGCAAUUAUAUGUGGUCUGACUCGUAUCACCCAGUACAAGAAUCAUCCAGUUGAUGUUUACUGUGGCUUUCUUAUAGGAGGAGGAAUUGCUCUCUAUUUGGGCCUGUAUGCUGUGGGGAACUUCUUACCAAGUGACGAGAAUGUGUUUCACCCAAAUUUUCACAGAGAACCAAUAAGGUCUUUGACAGACCUCAGUCAAGAUGCCAACAGAAUCCUGCCAGGUAAAAAUGGUAGCAGCAGUGAUGGCAUUGUCUCUCACCGUACAGAAAGCAUCCUGAAUAGAAACCACAGAGAUUCAGGGUCUCUGACCAAUAUCAAGAGAGCAAAUGCUGAUGUAGAAAUAAUAACACCACGAAGCCCAAUGGGAAAGGAAAAUAUGGUUACUUUCAGCAACACUUUACCAAGAGUCAACACACCAUCCUUGGAAGAUCCAGCAAGACGAAAUGCAACAAUACAUGCAUCAAUGGAUUCUGCCCGUUCCAAACAGCUGCUUUCCCAGUGGAAGAACAAGAAUGAAAGUAGAAAGUUGUCACUGCAAGUAAUAGAGACUGAAUCUGGCCAGUCACCACCAAGGGCUAUCGAAAUGAGGUCAAGCUCAGAACCCUCCAGAGUGGGUGUAAAUGGUGAUCAUCAUGGCCCAACUAGCCAAUACCUGAAAAUUCAACCUGGCAGUGUACCAGGUUGUAACAACUCAGGUCUUUCUGGUGGGCCAAGGGUCUCUAUUCAGUCACGUCCUGGCUCAUCCCAGCUAGUGCAUAUUCCUGAAGAGACUCAGGAGAACGUGAACACAUCACCCAAAAAUAGUUCAGCUAGAGCUAAAUGGCUGAAAGCUGCUGAGAAGAGUGUUGCAUGUAGAAGCAAUAGCCAGCCAAGAAUCAUGCAAGUAAUAGCCAUGUCUAAGCAGCAAGGAGUGCUUCAGGGCAGUCCAAAGAGCUCAGAGGGAAGCACAGUCACCUGUACAGGAGCCAUCAGAUAUAAAACCUUGACAGACCAUGAGCCAAGUAGCAUUGUCAGAGUUGAGGCCCAUCCAGAAAAUAACAGACCUGUAAUUCAGAUGCCAUCAGAAGGUGAAGGAAGUGGGUCAUGGAAAUGGAAAGGUCCUGAAAAAGUCACCCUUCGUCAGACAUACGAGCUAAAUGAUCUUAACAGAGACUCUGAAAGCUGUGACUCCUUGAAAGACAGUUAUGGGUCAGGUGACAGGAAAAGGAGCAACAUAGAUAACAGUGAGCAUCACCAUCAUGGAAUCACUACAAUAAGAGUUACGCCAGUGGAGGGAAGUGAGAUUGGCUCAGAGACUCUGUCCAUUUCCUCUAGCCGGGACUCAACACUUCGAAGAAAAGGUAACAUCAUUUUAAUCCCUGAGAGAGGGAGCAGUCCAGAGAACACCAGAAACAUCUUCUAUAAAGGCACAUCCCCCACACGAGCAUACAAGGAAUGA